ACCUGAACGCGUCGGCAGCUCGCAGGCGGAACAAGCGGGCCGCACAUUCGCUGCCCCGUGAGUGGCGGAGGCGGAGGCAGGCUCAGCGGGCCGACGGUCCAAUCAGAGCCGAGCCUCGCCGCUUCCCCCCCUCCUCCCCUCGCAGUUGCUGUGGAUGGACCGAACAUUCCUCAUUCCUGGGGCUUCGACAGCAGAGGAUCGCGGCGACGACACGAAACGAGCCGAAGACACGACGGUUUCUAACAGCUCAUGACACUUUCGAAGGGCACGUAAGGUCAAUGUUGGGUCGCGGUGUAAAGCGGAAGUGGAGCUGCUUGGAGGAGCUGGAGGUCGAGACCCUCCCCGCUGCAGCAGAAAAGGAGAAACAUGGCGAGGAGGACCUGGAGGACGAGGGCGGCUUCCUUGUGAGUCCGUCCAAAUCCGACAUGGACCACCUUCAGCAGCGUCAGGUGGUGCUCGGCCUCUGCUUGGAGAAGCUCCAGCACUACCAGGCCGGGGUGGAGCUCAGCCUGCGUCGCUCCGUGUUGCUCAUCAACACGCUCAGGCAGAUCCAGGAGGACAUGCAGAGCGACGGCAUGGGAACCUGCACGUCCGAGGUACUCCUCAACGGCGGCCACGCUGACUCCUGCAUUCUCAGGGAUGACGUCAGGGAGGACGUGGUGGUUACGUGCCCCGGGUGUGCAGAGGGUGAUGGGGACACUCUGUCUCCGCCACUGUCCCCAGAAUUCCCCUCUCAGGAGGCAAACAGCUCGUCUGAGCAGCAGAAAUCCCUCCCUGCUGCGACGAUCAACGCUUUUAGUGAUGCAGUAAACGCCAUGGGCUACCUCAGCGACCUCGCCCUGGACGACAUCUUUGAGGACAUUGACACUUCGAUGUACGAGACCUCCGAUCUGCCCUCUGCCUGGGCAGCGGGCUCCUUGUGGCCCGUCAGUGUGUCGCUUUGGGCGGACGAGGACGUUAAAAUGCGCUCGUCGGGCCACAACUCUGCUGGGAGUCUCCAGUCAUGUCUGAUGGACAUGAACGAACUGGACCACAUCAUGGAGAUUCUGGUGAAGUCCUGAUCAGCAAGUCAGACUCCUCCUGAACAUUUACUGCACUGCUGGUCACAGCUGGGAACAAGGACUGGGUUUGGGUCGAUGUUGGAUUUUUAAGGCUCCAUUUUACACUUUGGUUUAAAACCCUUCAUCUAGUUUACAGUAGAAUAAAACACUAAUUUCAUGCUCGUAAACCAUCGAGAGUUAUGGACAUGAACUUGUGCCUCAAAUAAGACAUUAAUUAUUUAUAUUACAUUAAAAAAAAAAUCCAGUUUAAAAUGUCUCAUGAGAUGAGAAACCAGGGAAACAUCCACUCUUAAACACGUACAGAUGCUCCAGUGGAAGUCUCAGUGGAAUUAAAUGGUAGAAAUGUUACUGUUGACAUUCAACAAGGAGAAAUGCGUUUUGAACUUACAGAGAGACCAAUUUCUGCGGCAACAGAAGCAGGAAACAACUGCAGUUUCAGGACUAGUUGUGUUUUGAGUCGCGGUUGAAUAAUCUGUAGACGAGACUUGUCUAGACGUCCACCGUCUGAAGUGCUUUAAUGGACAUGAUCAGACUGCACAAUUUGGAGCUGUUGUAAAAGUCUAAGGGUGUUUAAGGUGGAUUUUCUUUAAUUUGCUAAAAUGGAACCUUAAAUUUCUAAUCUCACGGCGUUCGUGCCACUUUUCUCUCCUGUUUUAUAAAGUUUUAGUCAAAGCAGCAGCUCCUCUCUGAGCAAAUCCACCGCUCGGGAAGAAGAAACCUGAGCUGCGUGGUUUUGGCGUCACUCGGGCUGUUAGAUCAGACUCGGGUUGAUUAUUAAUUGAAAUCCCUUCAAUUACUUAAGAGGGCGUGCUUCAGCCAGAGAGGAGGGCAAAGGCCUGGGAUUCCUGAAGGUUUUUUUUGUUUUUUUUUUACUGCUCCAUGUAGGAUCUUUAAAUUAGAAAGCGUGGUCAUGCAGCAGUGGGAGGGUGGACGGUCUGUAUAUUUAUUUGACGUGAGAGAAGAAGGAUGCAGCCGCUGUAUUCUGGGAUUCACCAGCCAAAGAAGUAAAGCUUCCAGUCCCUGGAUGACAUCCGAGAGAGAGAGAGAGGGUGAAAUGUUUAACUUGUUCGAACGCCUUUAUCUAAUAUUAUUCUUAUUUAUGAAUGAAAAAUCAACUAUGAACUGCAGCAGAUAUUAUUUGUUCUUUGUAUGUAAAGUCUUUUGUUUUUGGGUGUGAGUGUAACUUAUAAUUCAGAUUCUUUAUGACCUUUUUUCUUGGCUGCCAUGUCUUCUGCUUUUUUGCGCCAUUUGUGACAUCAGUUGGGAGAAAACUAUCAGAGCCUGUGCAAGAAAUAUUCUCAUCUUUCUCACCAUGAGGUUCACGUGAACGGUUUGUCCUUCUCGGCAGCUUGUAUUUAAAUGCAACAUGUCAUGUAUUUUAAAUAGUAAUGUAAUCCCAGUCUGGUUCUGACUGAGGAGCCGAUUGCCUCAAGUCAAAAAUCAGGACGACUUUGCCAUGUCUGAGAAUUGUAAGUGAAACAGAAGCCUAUGUAUUUUUAUGGCCGUGAUGGUAUGAGUUUUUUUAAAGCAGUUUUUUUUAUGUGUUUCUACCUGAAGCUCCAAUCACCUGUCCUGUAGAAGAGAUACAGCAGAGUGAAGGAUGUUUGACCUUCACUCUCUGUGGUUUACUCCUGUUCUACCUCCUGAUGUCUGUCUGUCUGUCUGUCGGUUUUUCUGGACACUCCUGUUUUCGCACCAAGAGCCAUUGAUGGAAA